GACCGAGGGCCACAGGCGGAGCCUAGGCAUAGACGCCCCCUCCAUCCACCCGAAAGCUAUAGCCCCUCGGCGGCCCAGGCCCCGCCCCGCCCCGGUGAGCACGCGCAGUUCCCUGAAGACCCGGAAGUGAUUUCCGCGGAACAACGGGUACACUCGGAAGAGAAAGUCUUGGUUUCACUGGUGACCGCGUUAUGCGUCCUUCGGACAUCGCGUCCCCCCACCGGGGUUUCGGAGCGCCUCCCAAAUAAUCUUACCUGAGAAAGAAGCUCAGAGGAAGAGGAAAGACAGAAGGGAUGGCCCUUUCCCAGGGACUAUUUACAUUCAGGGAUGUGGCCAUCGAAUUUUCUCAGGAGGAGUGGGAAUGCCUGGCCCCUUCUCAGAGGGCCCUGUAUAGGGACGUGAUGCUGGAUACCUACAGGAACCUGGUCUCCCUGGGUGAGGAUAACUUCUCUCCGGAAGUUGGUGAUCUUAUAGGAAUCCUUUCUGCUGGAUUUGCAAUUAACAAAUUAUCACCAAGAGAGAACACUAAUGUAGGAGAGUUAUAUGGAAAUGAAAACCAUGGCAUCAAGGAUUUUGACCUCGAGGAAGUCUGUGAAAAUAUGCAGAAGAGUGAGAGUGAGUGGGGAUGUGAUGCGAGAAAUGACAAAGACUUGCUUUUGACCCAUAACAAAAAUCUCGGUCAGAGAGAAGAUCAGUAUAAUAAAUCCUUAAUUAAUUUUCCUCAGAGUGUUUCUGUAAGAAGUAAUACAUAUGAAUAUUUCAUGCAUGACAAGUCAUUCCUAAGAAGUUGGUUAACAAUGAAAAAUAACAUGAUCAUUGCUGGAAACAAAGAUAUAAAGUGUUUAAACAACAGAACUGGAGCAAGGCUGCCGGCACAGGUGGCUGAACUGCAGAGAUUUACAGCUGAGGAGAAAAUGUAUAAAGGCACUCAAGUUGAGAAGUCAGUCAGCAAUGGUUCCUCAGUUUCCCCACUUCAUAGAAUUCCUCUCACUGUGGAAACUACUGUGUUACCCACACAACACAGGAGAACACACACUGAAGAAAAAUCUUACAACUGUAAUGACUGUGGGAAGGCUUUUAGCAAAAGCUCAAACCUCAGAAAUCACAGGAGAAUUCACUCUGGACAGAAGCCUUACAAAUGUAAUGUGUGUGGCAAAGCCUUUAACCAGGGUUCUAAUCUCACUACACAUCAGAGAGUGCACACAGGAGAGAAACCAUAUAAAUGUGAUGUCUGUGGCAAGGUCUUUAGUAGAAACUCACACCUUGAAAAUCAUCAGAGGAUGCACACUGGAGAGAAACCUUACAAAUGUAAUGAAUGUGGUAAGGCGUUUAUCCAGCAUUCACUCCUUUGGAGUCAUGAGAAAAUGCACAGUGGUGAGAAACCUUACAAAUGUAAUGAAUGUGGCAAAGCAUUUGCUGAGCGGUCAAGCCUUAACAAACACAAGAAAAUCCAUACUGGAGAGAAACCAUACAAAUGUACUGUGUGUGGCAAAGACUUUACCAUGAGAUCAAAUCUUACUCAACACGAGACAAUCCAUACUGGAGAGAAACCUUACAAAUGUAGUGAGUGUGGCAGAGCUUUUACCCAAUUUUCACGCCUUAGUCGACAUCAGAAAAUGCACACUGGAGAGAAACCACACAAGUGUAAUGUGUGUGGUAAGGCUUUUAUUGAACUUUCACAACUUUGGGGUCAUGAGAGAAUUCAUACUGGAGAGAAACCACACAAAUGUAAUGUGUGUGGCAAGGGAUUUACCCAACGUUCAAGCCUUAUGGCACAUCAGAGAAUUCAUACAGGAGAAAAAUCUUACAAAUGUAAAGACUGUGAUAAGGCCUUUAUCCAACGUUCCCAACUUUGGGGUCACGAGAGAACUCACACUGGAGAGAAACCUUACAAAUGUAAUGAGUGUGGCAAAGCUUUCACAAUGCGUUCAUACCUUACUCAACAUAAAACCAUCCAUACUGGAGAGAAACCUUACAAAUGUCAUGAAUGUGGCAGAGCUUAUACCCAAUUUGCAAGCCUUAGUAGGCAUCAGAAAAUGCAUACUGAAAACAGACAUAAAUCCAACACAUGUGGCAGUGCUUUUAUUCAGAACUUGAGCUUUGGGGAUCAUCUGACAAUUCAUAGUAGAAAGAAACCUUAAAAUGUAAUGCCUGACACAAAACUUGUGCAAGUAUUCAAGCCCUACUCAGGUUGAGAGACUCCAUCAUGGAGGAGGAGACAUACAGAUGGCCAAUAGGUACAUGAUACGAUGCACAGCAUCACUAAUCAUUGGGGAAAUUCAAAUCAAAACCACAAUGAGAUACCUCACACCUGUCAGAAUGGAUUGUCAUCGAAAGGAAAAGUCACAGUGUUGGUGAAGAUGAGAAAAGGGAACCUCAAGCACUUUUGGUAGGAUUGUAAAUUGGUAGCUACUAUGGCAAACUAUGGCCACUCCUCAAAAAAUUAAAAAUAGAGCUGCCAUAUAAUGCAGCAAUUGUACAUCUAGUUAUUUACCUAGAGAAAACAAAAAUGCUCAUUCAGAAAAUAUAUGCACUUUGUUGUUGAUUGUACCAUUAUUUAUAAUAGCCAAGGUAGGGGACUUCCCUGGUGGUCUAGUGGCUUAGAAUCCGCAAUUCCAUUGCAGGAGGUAUGGGUUCAAUCCCUGGUCAGGGAGGUAAUCCCACAUGCCUUAAGGCCAAAAGAACAAAACAUAAAACAGAAAGAAUAUUGUAACAAAUUCAAUAAAGACUUUUAAAUGGUCUUUUAAAGACUUUUAAAUAUGGUCCAUAUUAAAAAAAAAUUUUUUUAAACAAAAUAGCCAAGGUAAGAAAGCUACCAAAAGUCCACCAAUAGGUGAAUCAAUAAAGAAAAUAGAUAAAGGGAAAAAAUAUAUAUAUAUACAUACACACACAGCCAUAUAUAUACACACAUAAAGUGGAAUAUUCGUUGUGGAAAAAAGCAAAAUCUUGCCAUUUCCAGUGCCAUACACAACUCUACAGGGUAUUUGGCUGGGUGCAAUAAGUCAGAAUGACACAGCACAUGAUUUCACUUAUAUGUAGAAUUUAGAAAACAAAAGGAAAAUAGUCUCAUACAUAGAACAAAUAUAUGGUUGCCAGAAGGGCAGGUGUGUGUGAAGUGAAAGAAAGUAAAAAAGUGAAAGCGAAGGCGCUCAGUUGUGUCCAGCUCUUUGCAACCUCAUGGACUGUAGCACGGCAGGCUCCUCCAUGGAAUUUUCCAGGCAAGGAUAUUAGAGUGGGUUGCCAUUUCUUUUUCCAGGGGAUCUUCCUGACCCAGGGAUGGAACCCCAGUCUCCUGCACUUCAGGCAGACUCUUUACCAUCUGAGUCACCAGGGAAGCCCUUGUGUGGGAAGUAGGAGAGGUUUAAGAGGUAGAGGUCUACAGUUACAUAAUGAAGUGUAGUGUGUAAUAUACAAAAUAAGGAGUAUAGUCAGUGAUAGUAACUCUGUACGGGGACAGAUGGCUACUAGACUUACUGGGGUGAUUAUUUCAUCCUGUAUGGAGUAGCUAAAUAGUUAUGUAGUACACCUGAAACAUAAUGUAUUAUCCACUGUGUGCAUGCAUGCUAAGUCAAUUCAGGGAUUGCAUAUGUGGGAGAAAAAAUUGGGGGUGGAACAAUGGUCUCCCUGUUUGUUGAAGGGGAAUAGCUACUGUAUAUAUAAAAUAUUCAAAAUUAGUCUCAUUUUUGGAAACCAAAGGGACAGUGUUACAGAGGACAGUCAUCAAAAGAAUCAGAGUAGAGUAUCUGUGAAGGCUGCAGAUUUGGCCUCUAGAAUUGCAUUUUGAUACCAUUUUAUUUAUUAGAAUGUAUCAUGCUUCUCAUAUUCAAGUAAGUAAAGUGUAAUCUUCUUUUUAUAGUGUUAGUUGCUCAGUCAUGUCUGAUUCUUUGUGACCCCAUGGACCGUAGCCCACCAGGUUCCUCUGUCCAUGGGAUUUUCCAGGCAAGAAUAUUGGAGGGGGUAAGCCGUUCCCUUCUACAGGGGAUCUUCCCAACCCAGGGAUUGAACCCAGGUCUCCUGCAGUGCAAGGCAGAUUCUUUACCAUCUGAGCCAGUAGGGAGACCCAAUGUUUUUUGUAAUCCUUAGUGAAUCGUGUGCCUUCUAUUAAUGCAAGCAUAUCCCACUGCAUUGGGGGCUUCAUAAUAAUGACCCUUAAGUAUCUAUCAUCAUGUUCUCUAGGUUGAAUGGCAUCUGUGAAAAUUUCUUUUCAAAUUAGAUUUAAACAAAGUAUUUGAAAUAGAUAUAUAUUCAUAAUUCACAUUGGGGUUACAAACUCCAGAUUAUUUCUGGAGCUACAAGCUACAGAUUUUUUCUAGCUAUAAUGAAAAUAUUGUAACUACAAUUUCAGACUCAGCCCCCUGAAAUCUGCCUUCUUGGUUGUAAAUAUAUACCAUAUGAUUAUAUUCCUACAUACCUUUUUGUGUGUGUGCACUUGAAGCUUUACAUGAAGUAACAAGAUAUGGUGAACAUGUAAAAAUUACUAGGAGAUGAAAUUUCAGAAAUAAAGAAAUAGCAAUC